GAGCCCCGAUCUCGGAUAAGAGGAAGAAGAUGGAUGGAUGAAUGGAAAAUUGAGACUUUUUUUCCUCAUUAGAUUACGACUUUUUCAUCUUUAUACUUUGACUUUAUUCUUGUCAAAUUACAGCCAUUUUAUACAUAACUCCUUCUAUCAGGAGGUGAUGGAAGAGGAGCGACCAUGGGCGUUGGUGUCGGAGGUGGGGGGCGAGUUCGGCCUCCUGGAGGACAUGGCUGACAUCAUCAGGCAACACUUCCACAUUGUUUGCUACAAGGACUUCCUUCAAAACCCGCAGCUUCACGCUCCCAGGAUCCAGGUCCUGCUAAUGUGGAAGUACUACCCAGAGGCGGAGCUCAACCUGUUAAGGUCGCUGCCCUUCCUCAAGGCUGUCGUCAGCGGCGGGGUGGGUGUCGACCACAUGGACGUGCGCUCCAUCAACGACCUCGGGGUGAAGGUGGCCAACACGCCUGGUGUGGUGAGUGAUGCCACUGCGGACUUAGCUGUGGGUCUGCUUCUGGCCUCCGCGAGAAACAUUCUUGAGGGUCAUCAAAUUUCCGUCGACAAGGGCACGUUCCGCAUGCCUCAAAGCUUCAUGGGAGUGGAAGUGACAGGGUCGACUCUGGGAAUCAUCGGAAUGGGGGAGAUCGGCUACAAGAUCGCUCAGCGAUGCAAAGGCUUUGAAAUGAAGAUCCUCUACCACAACAGAACCAAAAGGAGCGUGGAGGAUGAGCGAGCCGUCGAAGCCAAUUACUGCCAGAGCCUGAGCGACCUGCUGAGGAGGUCGGACUUUGUCUUGCUCGCCGUCAAGCUGACCUCCGACACCAGCGGCCUCAUCAGCCACAAAGAGUUGUCGCUCAUGAAGCCUUCUGCCACGCUGAUCAACAUCAGCCGAGGUCAAGUUGUGGACCAGGAGGCUUUAGUCCAAGCCCUCCACACGGGAAGCAUCCGCGCUGCCGCUUUAGAUGUGACUCAUCCAGAACCGUUACCGAGGGACCAUCCUCUGCUGGGGCUUCCUAACGUGCUCAUCACCCCCCACAUCGGAAUCAGCACCGUGGCGACAGCUAAGAGGAUUGUAGGCUGCAUGGUGCAAAAUGCUGUGGCUGCAGUAAAAGGCCUUCCUCUUCCCAAUGAAGUCAAGAUGAAGUGAUUCAAGCUCGCUGCAUUAUCCUGUUGGGAAAAGAACCACAAAUUGCUGUCUCUUCUGAAAAUAUGUGCAAAUGCUAAAGAGAAACAAAAGUAAAAAAGCUUUUCAAUCAUGACAAUCCGCUGAUACAAAGCCAAUAUGAGCAAUGACAGACAGCAGUGAUUCAUCCACACGUCCCACAGCAGCCUCAAUUUUUCUUCCUAGACAUCAAAGAACAGUGACAGCGGGGAUGGGGGGGCUUUAACAGUCCCUCACUAUAUCACAUUCAGGUAUAAAUUCAUUAUGGUUGUAAACAAACAAGUAAACAACAAUUAAUGGCAAAUGCAUUCACAUUUAAUUUGAAUGAAGUUCAACCAACACUUCAGGUUGAAUUAACCAUGAAUGAAUUAACAGGUUGAAUUAAAUCAAGUCUGUGAUUCAUUCUAUCUGACAAAACAUCACUUGAACUGUAAUUUCAUGCCUUAUUCACCUCCCUCCCCCAAGUAUUAAAGAAGUUAGAGCAAAUUUCAUAGUGGGAAGUGGUGCCUUUGGUUCCCAUUGCUUUAACAUUGAGUCAAGACAAAAUCUGUGAUUGACCCACUACAAAAUACAUCAUAAAUUAGGCGGUGACAUUUGUUUUACAAGUCAACAGAAUAGCCAUAUACAUUUUUGUGAUCAUCAAAAAGUCUGGGAAGUAAAGCAAGUGUCAUUUCACUUGGGCCUCACUACACACACCACACUACUAACUGCAUGUACACAAUAAUUCCGGGGCAAAAUUAACAUAUUUAAUCAGAUUUUAUUGAAAUUUCAUCUGUAGAUAGAUAGAUAAAGUGAAUGUAUAUCAUACAUAUCUUUUAUCUUGUCCUGAAGCGCCGAUCCAUGAGUUUCAAAGGCUUAAAGUGGGGUUCAACUUUCGAUGUGACUCGAUGUGGUCCAACACUAUAUGAAUAUAAAGUACAUAAGUAUAAAUCCACUAUAUAAAGCGUGGCAAUGACAUCACAGAAAAACUGAAUGGAGUAAGCGCCCGAGGUGCAGGGCGUCUAGAAUGGCAUAGAAUGGCAACACGGCCGAGAAGGACAUGCCAUGGCUCAGAU